AUGAGACGCUCGUCAGUCUCGCUGCCGACAAGAAUCGUAGCACACGACCCCCACGAGAAAGCUGCCCGGUACAGCACCAGAGGCGCAAAUAGCAGUGCCAUAGGCACCCUGGAGAAAAGAAAAACCGCUGGGAUGACGCAAAGUCAGCGAUCAAGAUUUCUGAAGACUGGGGGGGUCCUCCUCUUCGUCAUCUUCUUAUUCUAUUAUCUCUCGCCCAACGGCACUGAUGUCUAUACUGGAGUCACCAACCUGGGUAACUCCGGCGGCCAGACUGCAUCAGACCCCUCAGCGGGCACAACAAAAUGCUCGAAAUCCGCGGAUAAGUCGAAGCCAAUUGUCCAAUAUGCUCUCAUGAUAGAUGCUGGGAGUACUGGAUCCCGAAUCCACGUCUAUAAGUUCAACAACUGUGGCCCCACACCUGAGCUUGAAGAUGAGGUAUUCAAGAUGACAGAGAAGAAGCCUGGAGGGUCAGGGUUGAGUUCUUACAAGGAGGAUGCUGAGGGAGCUGCAAAGAGCUUGGAUGUUCUCAUGGCUGUUGCGAUGGAGACAGUUCCUGAUAAACUCAAGCGUUGCACACCUGUUGCGGUGAAGGCUACAGCUGGUCUUCGAUUACUCGGCCCGGAGAUGAGCCAAAAGAUUCUGGACGCGGUACGAGAUAGGUUAGAGACCGCGUACCCCUUCCCAGUCGUUUCAAAGGAGCAGAACGGUGUCGUUAUCAUGGAUGGUAUGGACGAGGGGGUAUAUGCCUGGAUUACUACAAACUAUCUCCUUGGAAACAUCGGUGGACCCGAUCACACCGAGACCGCCGCUAUAUUCGAUCUCGGCGGUGGCUCAACCCAGAUCGUAUUCGAGCCUACAUUCAAGAGUACCAACCAUGGGAUGCCGGAAAAGCUAGCAGAGGGUGACCACAAAUAUAAGCUUACGUUUGGCGGCAGAGAUUUUGAGCUCUACCAGCACUCGCAUCUUGGCUACGGUCUCAUGUCUGCUCGAAAUACCAUCCAUCGAACUCUUAUCGAAGAUCUUUACUCAUCAAAUCCCUCCGACACUACUUGGAUCGCCGAGCCGGUCAUCAACCCCUGUAUUGCUCCAGGUAUGACUCGUCUUGUCGAUGUCAACCUCUCAGAGGGUCACGCCCUGGGUACUACAGUAUCUGUUAAUAUGACUGGACCAUCCUCUCCGGCUCCAGCUCAGUGUCGAAAACUGGCCGAGAAAAUACUGGUAAAAGACGCCGACUGUGCCCUAGCCCCUUGUUCGUUUAAUGGUGUCCAUCAACCUUCUCUUGAGAAAACUUUCUCCAGAGAAGACAUCUACAUUUUCUCAUAUUUCUUUGACCGCACUGAACCCCUUGGCAUGCCAGAAACCUUCACAUUAAAAGAACUUCACCGUCUCACGGAUCAAGUCUGUGGCGGUGAGACUACCUGGGAUGUGUUUGAGGGCGUACCGGGCGCGAUCGAAGAGCUAAAAGGCAGGCCAGAGCACUGCCUGGAUCUCAACUUCAUGAUGGCUCUCUUGCAUACCGGCUAUGAAAUGCCCAUAGACAGAGAGGUCAAGAUCGCGAAGAAGAUCAACGGGAAUGAACUUGGUUGGUGUCUGGGUGCGAGUCUCCCUCUUCUGAGUCAGAAUUCAGGAUGGCAGUGUCGUGUCGAGGAAGUCGCGUAA